AUGUGGUGGAUGCUGUUUCCACGGUGGAUCUGGUUCCUGGCGUGUGUGUCAGUGUGGAUGGAGCACCAGGACGGAGUUUUGCCCGAUGUCACCUAUUCACACCCGGGGAUCUGCCCCAAUGACAUGAACCCCAACCUGUGGGUGGAUGCCAUGAGCACCUGCACGCGAGAGUGUGAAUCUGAUCAGGAGUGCGAGUCCUUUGAGAAGUGUUGCCAAAAUGUGUGUGGGAAUCGGAGCUGUGUGGCGGCCCGUGUCCUGGACGGGAAGAAAGGCCCCAUGGGAAUGCCCAAGGAAGCCACCUGCACCAGUUUCAUGUGCACCCAGCAGGGGUCUGAGUGUGACAUCUGGGACGGCCAGCCGGUGUGUAAGUGCCGGGACCGCUGCGAGAGGGAGCCGCACUUCACCUGCGCGUCCGACGGCAUGACCUACUACAACAAGUGCUACAUGGACGCAGAGGCGUGCUCCAAGGGCAUCGCCCUGGCCGUUGUCACCUGCCGCUUCCACCUCACCUGGCCCAACAUCAGCCCGCCGCCGCUGCCCCAGGCGACCACUCUUCGCCCUACCACUGCUCCUCUUCAGGCGACCAUCCCGCCGCCCACCGAGCCUGAGACGCCCGCCAUGGUCAGCAGCCCCGCUCACCAGACUGUGGCUGUGGGGGACACAGCCAGCUUCCUGUGCGAGGUGAAUGGUCGCCCUCGGCCUGAGAUCACCUGGGAGAAGCAGCAGCCGGAGGGGGUGGAAAGGGUAGCCAUGAGGCCUAAUCAUGUGCGGGGGAACAUGGUGGUCACUAACAUUGGUCAGCUGGUCAUCUACAACGCCCAGCCGUACGAUUCAGGCAUAUACACCUGCACGGCUCAGAACCCAUCUGGCUCGGUGCGGGCCGACCACCCGCUAACUGUGCUGCCCACGGAGCCAUCCACAAACCCUGCGCCCAUGAACGUGACACGCUGCCUGCCAGAAGAGUGCCUGAAACCUGCCGAUAACCCAGAGGAUUGUGGGAGCGAGAUGGAGAAAGUCAGCUGGUACUUCGAGCCCAAGACCAACAACUGCUUCUCCUUCACUCACUGCCACAUCGACAACCAGCAGCCCAGGAAGGUGUUCGAAACAUACAAGGAGUGUAUGCAGUGCUGUGGUCCCGAGCUUUCGGGCCCCUGCGGGCUCCCCAGCCCGCAGGGGCCCUGUAAGGCCUACGAACCGCGCUGGGCUUACAGCAGCACCCUGCAGCAGUGUCAGCCCUUCAUCUACGGAGGGUGUGAGGGCAACGACAACAACUUUGAAUCCAAAGAAGCCUGUGAGGAGAUGUGCCCCUACCCGAGAAACCACCACUGCAGGGCCUGCAAGCCGAGAGGCAAGAUGGUGACGAGCUUCUGCCGGAGCGACUUCGUCAUCCUGGGCCGCAUGACGGAACUCACAGAGGAGAAGGACUCGGGCCACGCCCUCGUAACCGUGGAGGAGAUCCUGAAGGACGAGAAGAUGGGUCUCCGCUUCUUCGGCAAGGAGCCCCUCGAGGUGACCUUCCUCAACAUGGACUGGAAUUGCCCGUGCCCGAACAUCACGGGCGCUGCCGCCGAGGGACAGGUCAUCAUCAUGGGCAACGUGAGCGACGGCAUGGCCGUCCUUCAGCCGGAGAGCUACGUGGGCUCCUCCAGCCCCCGCCGCGUACGGAAGCUGAGAGAGGUCAUCUCCAAGAACACGUGUGACAUUCUCAAAGCGAUCACCAACAGCCCGCAGUAG